AUGACUACCAGUAAAUACCCAACUUUGAAUAUCGAAAAAUUGAAGUCUGCAAAGGCAAUUGUGUUUACCGAUUUUGAUGGCACAAUCACUUUGGAAGACAGCAAUGAUCAUUUGACUGAUAAUUAUGGAAUGGGAGUAAACCAAAGAAAAGCGAUUGGUAACGAGAUCUUAAUUGGCAAGACGAGUUUUCGAGAUGGAUUUAAAAGAGAAUUAAACUCUGUUGGUUUGCCAUUCGAUCAGUGUCUUGAGAUUUUAAAAAGGGAUAUCAAAGUUGAUCAGGAUUUCAAAUCAUUUUAUGAAUGGUGCGAGGUUCAUGAUAUUCCAAUUGUGAUUGUUAGUAGUGGGAUGAAACCAAUUAUUUAUUCGAUUUUGACAAAUUUUUUCAAGAAUGAGAAUUUUAAAUAUAACGAUGAUAUUGAAAUUGUUUCAAACAAUGUCAAAUAUUUGGAUGAUAAUAAAGAACAAUGGGAUAUCCAAUAUAGAGACAAUUCAAGUUUUGGCCAUGACAAAUCGAUUUGUAUUAAAGAGAUUUCCAAAUUCGUUAGUCGCCACCAUUCAUUGAAUAAUUUAGAAAACGAUAAAAAUGAAAUCAAAUUUUUUUAUUGUGGUGAUGGUGUUAGCGAUUUAAGUGCUGCCAGAGAAACUGAUUUAUUGUUUGCUAAAAGAGGCCAGGAUUUAAUCAAGUACUGUGAAAUGGAAAAAAUCGCCUAUGUUCAGUUUGAUUCUUUUAAAGACAUCCAAAACAACAUUGAUAAAAUUCUCUUUCAAAACUCCAAGAUUGAUGAUUUGAACGAGUUGAAGAAUAGAUGA